GACAAGAUGGCGGCAGCGGGCUGCCAGGACACCGCCCCGGCACUGGACGACCCUCUGGGGCUGCUGACCGAGCUGGAACUGGGGAGGAACGUGGAACCCCACAUUGGAGAAAUUGUGAAAAAAAUCAAGACCUUAAUUGAAGAGAAAAGGGUGAACGAUGGGGAACUGAAGAAGUUGCAGGCACACCGAGGAACAAUGGAAAAGGAACUCGAUGAGUUAAAUCAGGAAAUCUUUCAGCUGGAGGGGAACUGCAACACCAAGGAAGGUGAGGGGAAAUUGGCUGAGAAUAGAUCAACAGAUUGGAGAACAGUGAACAUGCAUCUCACUUAUUUCACUGAACGAAGAAUGUCCCUGUCAACCUGCCAGUUGCAGUCCCUUUUCCAACAAUCUUCCUUUCCAGCAAAUCUGAAGCGGCUGCGUUUUCAGUAUGAACAGAGUCAAGCUCAGACUGAAAGGAAGGCGUUUGAGCAGCAACUUGAAGAACUCAUAGGAAAGCACAAAUGGAUGGCUGAAUUUUAUACUCCAGCCAGACUUGAACUCGAAAUGCGUAACAUUGAAAAUUCUAAGCAGCAGCUUCUGACUGAAGAGCACGUAAUGACAGAGAAAUUGAGCACCCUGGAUAAGGAACUGGAUUCUCUCCAGCAGCAAGGAGCUGCCUCCGACGAAGUUAUCUUCCUGCACAGCAAAGAGGCUAAACUCACCCACCAACUGUUUGAGGAUGAGAACAAGGCAGCAAAAGAAAUGCUCAGAGAGGCAUCAGAGUGUCACUUAGAUCUUCAGCAGAACCCAAAGUUAAGCAGGUUUCAGAAGGAAUGGGAAUCCAGGAGGAAUAUCGUCGUCCAACGCAGGGACAAUGACAUGGACGAAAGUGAGGACGGAGUGUGCCAGGAAGGUUGCUCAAAACAGGUGCGUGUGCACGUUUGA